CGUUGGGAGUGACAGCGAGUGGGGGACUGAGGAGUGAGGGUGAAGGAAGGGUGACGGGGAUAGAUCUGUGCAAGGUUUCGAUACAUCGAAGAUAGAUCUGUGACUCUGUGGUCGUUACCUGCACGACGGGUUGAUCGAAGGCCUUUCCGACCGUCCUCCUCCAGGCCUUAAAUUUGAGAAGGAUCGAAAUGAAGAACAAGGAUUCAAAGCCAGGCGUUAACCCUGACAAGAAUUAUAGGAUUGCCCAAAUUACCAUAACGUUUUUAUUCCUAUGUGGAUUUUCCUUCUAUCUUGGAAGCAUCUUUUGUUCUGAGAAAAACAGAUACUUUAAGCGUGAUGCUACUCCUGUAAUCCAGUCCCACCAUGAUACAAGAGUAGCUCCUCUCAAAAUUAAGAAUGUAGAGUUCGCGGAGUGCAGUUUGGAUUAUCAAGAUUAUACGCCGUGCACGGAUCCUAAGAGAUGGAAGAAAUAUGGUAAAUAUAGGCUUACUUUUAUGGAACGGCAUUGCCCACGAAUGGUUGACAGGAAAGAAUGUUUGGUUCCUCCUCCCGUUGGAUAUAAACCACCAAUCCGAUGGCCAAAGAGCAAAGGAGAAUGUUGGUACAGGAAUGUUCCUUAUGAUUGGAUAAACAACGAAAAAUCAAAUCAACACUGGCUAAGGAAAGAAGGUGACAAAUUCUUCUUUCCAGGUGGAGGUACCAUGUUCCCAAAUGGAGUUGGUGCAUAUGUAAAACUGAUGCAAAAUCUGAUUCCUGGAAUGAAGAAUGGAACUGUCCGAACUGCCAUUGAUACUGGAUGUGGUGUCGCGAGCUGGGGAGGCGAUUUGCUAGAUCAUGGCAUUUUAACUAUUUCACUUGCACCUAGAGAUAAUCAUGAGGCUCAAGUACAGUUUGCUCUUGAACGAGGUAUUCCAGCAAUCUUAGGCAUCAUUUCUACUCAGCGUCUUCCUUUUCCCUCAAAUUCAUUUGAUAUGGCUCACUGCUCCAGAUGUCUUAUCCCCUGGACAGAGUUCGAUGGUAUUUAUCUACUGGAAAUACACCGAAUACUUCGACCUGGAGGCUUCUGGGUGCUAUCAGGUCCACCUAUCAACUAUGAGCACAGAUGGCGAGGUUGGAACACAACUAUUGAAGAACAGAGAUCAGACUACAACAAAUUAAAGAAGUCGUUGACUAGCAUGUGCUUCAAACUAUAUAACCAAAAGGAUGAUAUUUCUGUGUGGCAGAAGUCACUGGACCAUAGCUGCUAUAACAAAAUUAAUUCCUCAUCCUCUCCGCCCAAGUGUGAUGACAGCUCUGAGCCAGAUUCAGGAUGGUACACUCCACUGCGGCCGUGCCUGAAUAUUCCAAACCAAAAGUUUAAGUUGGGAUUGAACUCUCUACCAAAAUGGCCAAAUCGAUUGCGCCCAACCCCAGCACGGAUUUCCACAGUGUACAAUGGCAAUCGUGGUGGGUUUAAGCAUGAUAACAACAAAUGGAAGGCCAGGGUGAAACAUUACAAGACAUUGCUUCCUACUCUUGGAAGUGAUCAAAUUCGGAAUGUUAUGGAUAUGAACACACUGUAUGGAGGGUUUGCGGCAACUCUCAUUGGUUCUCCAGUAUGGGUCAUGAACAUCAUAUCUUCUUACGGUUCAAAUUCUCUUGGAAUUGUCUAUGAUAGAGGAUUAAUCGGCACCUAUCAUGAUUGGUGUGAGCCAUUCUCAACUUAUCCUCGGACCUAUGAUCUCUUGCAUUUGGAUGGUCUGUUUACAGCCGAAAGUCACAGAUGUGAAAUGAAAUAUGUGCUCCUUGAGAUGGACCGCAUACUUCGUCCAAUGGGGUAUGCAAUAGUUCGUGAAUCGUACUAUUUUAUCGAUGCAAUAGCGACCAUCGCCAAGGGGAUGAGAUGGGAUUGUGAAGAACAUGUCACCGAGUACAACAUAGCCAAGGAGAAGAUACUAAUAUGCCAGAAGAGACUUUGGUAUGCCAGUGAUCAAUGAGCAGGAUUUUGGAAAGGUUUAUUAGAUUCAGACGAAUUCCCACGUCAAGCAGAGAUUUUCUUGGUGCGUAGUUAUACAUGCCAAUGUCAAGCAGAGGUUCUAGUUCAUUUAACUGGGAGAGAUUACCGGCCAGUCAAAGUUUCGGAAAUUCGGAUAUUCAUAUGUAUUCUCAGGAACCUAGCUGUAGUAUGUAUGCAUCAGGUUAUUGUAGGAGCGAGUUUCAGGUUCAUGCUCAACUUAUUUCAUUCUGCAUUACCAAAUCAACUUGCAGGAGUUAA